AUUGCAGUCAUCGACCAAAUGCAAGCUGACAGUUGAUCGUAGGAAGGAGGGAGAAUAUUAAUUUGUAUUGUGUGUUUUGCAUGCAAUCAUUCAGUGUUCAUUUAGUAUUUCAAUUAAUCUGGAAUAUAAACAGUAUUUUGAAGAUCGCACUCGAUCUAUAACCUAGACGCGCGAAAAUGGCCAACACCAGUUUUCGUAACAAGAAGGCUAAUGCAGAUAGGUCUAACAAUGGCAUCAGGAAGCGCGUCUCCGGAGGUGGUAAAGUGAUCAAAAAGAAGGUGGUUGGUGAUGCCAGACAGAAAAUCAUCCAGAAGAAGAGGAACACUGUGACUGAUGCCAGAGAUAUACUGGCUAGCAUGGCGAAAGGUAAAGAUGCCAGGAGUAAAUUGGUUAGGCUGAGGCAGAAGGUGAAUGGAAAUGACAAUCACAAUGUGCAGGUGAUUGGGCACAACAUUCUGAAGAAGACAGAUCGUAAUGGUAAAAUCUCGCUGGUGACUAAUAAAAAUCGUAUGCCGUCGACAAUGAACACGAAGAUUCAGCAGCAGUUGGGAUUGUUGACGGCGCCGAGAGCGAGCAGGCCGAUUAAGAAGAUGGCGAAGAGGCCGACGAAGGAGUUUCAGCCUCCGGUGCUUAAGAAGACUAUACGUAACGAUUAUUCGAUGCCGAUGAUGCCGCAGUUCGGGUACGAUCAUCACCCGGAUAUUUACAGGUAUUAUCCAUCGUAUCAGGUGGAUAUGCCUAGGCCACACAUGGAUUUGACCAUUUCCAGGGGGUUGGUCAGUGACAGGAGUAGCGGUGAUUGGAGUACGUUCUCGUCGAAAAUGAGGUCCAUCGAGGAUGAACCUAUGGUGGUGGAGACAAUGACUAGGCCUGGUAUGGGCAGGAUGUCUUCUGACAUCCAUUCAAGGUUGGACUCUAAACCUUCAUCAAGUGUGCCCAAGUCUAAUGUCAUGGCUGUGGUGCCCAUGGGUCAUAGGAUAGUUGUCUCUAAUUUACAGACAUCAGUUACACAAGAUGACAUUAGGGAGUUAUUUGAAGAUAUUGGUCAGCUCUUCGUAGCCAGAUUGGUGCGUCCAGGCACGGCUGAAGUGAUCUACAAAAAUCUGAAAGAUGCGCAAAAGGCUGUAGACACUUAUCACAAUAGGCAGUUGGAUGGUCAACCUAUGAAGUGUCUGUUGGUCAAUAACAGGCCUGGAAACAAUCCCACAGCACCUGCCAUCAAAACCACGGAAGGUGUAAGGAAGGGAGCUUCGUCCAAUAAAUUGGUGCCGGAUAUAUCCACAAUUCACAAAGUUCUAUUUCAACGGAACUGAACGUAAAAUUUUCAUACUCAAUCUCUAUUAUUAUUAUUUUUUUUUUGUUAAUUUCCCCCUCUCAUUCUUGACGUAACGUAACGUUGUAUGUAUAAAAUGUGUUUAUUUUUUUUUUGAAUUUUUUAUGUUUUGGUUUUCUACUAAGUAAUAUUAUAGAUCGCGUAGAAGUUUUAUUGGCCUGUACUUCUACCACUUGAAUUUUUGAACUUAUUUAAUGUUUCGAAUCAUAUGCAUUUUUUUGAACGAAUAAAGUUGGUACGCACUGCUAA